GCCCUGUUUUUGAUUGGUCGUGCAAAUCCACCAAUGACGUCAACGAAUUCGAAGGGAGGCGGAACUUCCGCCAACUGGUAUUAAACCAACUGAGGCCUGUCCAUGCGGUUCUGAGCUGAAGGUGGACAAGUAACCUACGCGUAAGAGACAGACAAUGGCUGAAAAUGAUGUUGAUAACGAGCUGCUCGACUAUGAAGAAGACGAAGAACCACAAGGAGCACCAGAGAGUGCAGCCCCAGCAGGCAAGAAGGAGGUGAAGGGUUCCUACGUUUCCAUCCACAGCUCUGGCUUCAGGGACUUCCUGCUCAAACCAGAGCUGCUCCGUGCCAUCAUCGACUGUGGUUUUGAGCAUCCAUCUGAAGUUCAACAUGAAUGCAUCCCUCAAGCUAUCCUGGGCAUGGACAUCUUGUGCCAGGCCAAGUCUGGUAUGGGCAAGACAGCUGUGUUUGUGCUGGCCACACUGCAGCAGAUUGAACCUGUGGAUGGACAGGUCUCUGUAUUAGUCAUGUGCCACACACGAGAGCUGGCCUUCCAGAUCAGCAAAGAGUAUGAGCGCUUCUCCAAGUACAUGCCUACAGUAAAAGCUGCAGUAUUCUUUGGUGGCCUGGCCAUCAAGAAUGACGAGGACGUCCUGAAGAAAAACUGCCCUCACAUUGUUGUUGGAACGCCGGGUCGUAUCCUCGCUCUCAUCCGCAACAAGACCCUGGGUCUGAAGAACGUCAAGCAUUUCGUUUUGGAUGAGUGUGACAAAAUGUUGGAGCAGCUAGACAUGAGGCGUGAUGUACAGGACAUCUUCAGGAUCACACCCCAUGAGAAGCAGGUCAUGAUGUUUAGUGCAACACUGAGCAAGGAGAUCCGACCAGUGUGCCGCAAAUUCAUGCAGGAUCCUAUGGAAGUAUUUGUGGAUGAUGAGACCAAACUUACACUCCAUGGGCUACAACAGUACUACUGCAAGCUGAAGGAUAGUGAGAAAAACCGCAAGCUCUUUGACCUUCUUGAUGUGUUGGAGUUCAACCAGGUGGUGAUCUUUGUCAAGUCAGUCCAGAGGUGCAUUGCUCUCUCCCAGCUUCUGGUGGAACAAAAUUUCCCUGCCAUUGCUAUUCACAGGGGAAUGGCUCAGGAGGAGAGACUGUCCCGCUACCAGCAAUUCAAGGAUUUCCAGAGGCGGAUCUUGGUGGCCACUAACCUUUUUGGCAGGGGGAUGGACAUCGAGCGAGUCAAUAUUGUCUUCAACUAUGACAUGCCAGAGGAUUCUGACACCUAUUUGCACAGGGUUGCCCGUGCUGGAAGGUUUGGGACCAAAGGCCUGGCUAUAACCUUUGUGUCUGAUGAGACCGAUGCCAAGACUCUGAACGAUGUGCAGGACCGCUUUGAGGUCAAUGUGGCCGAGCUGCCGGAAGAGAUUGACAUCUCCUCUUACAUCGAGCAGUCCAGAUGAGUCCUCCAGCCCAUCAGAAGUCUUCUUUCCAUGGAUCCCGAGUCUUGUGUUGGAAUACUUCACUGUUGAUUUUUGAAAAGCUCUGUUCACCAAACAUUUAUUUUUAUUGUUUUUGGGGAGGGGGGUGUGGUCAAUUUUAAUUUGUCUUUUACUGUUUGUUUUAUGCGCAUUGGAAUUAAAACUUUUUAUAAGA